CCCGAGGAUCGUACUUUUUUCUCCACUGCAGCCAUGGACGUUGGUGGAUUUAAUCUUUUGGCUCCACGCGGCAACAACGACGCGAACCCGCAGUCUCGCCUGUGGAGACCGUGGACCGGAACCGAGACCAGAACAACUGCUGGAACGCAACCACCCAAACCGGCCAUGUUCGUCCACCCAGUCAAGUUAUUCUGGCCCAAAACCAAGUGUUUCGACUACCUGUACCGAGAAGCCGAAAUGCUCCUGCGGAACUACCCGGUCCAGGCGACCAUCUGCCCCUUUAACGAGCCCUCCAGCAGCGAGGACGACAGCGAGGAAGAGGAGGAGGACGAUGAUGACGAGGAGAUGGACAAACUCAACUAAAAGG